AUGGCAACUGGACCUGAAACAGACGUCAACCGUCGCACCUCCCUCGGUUUCCUUUGUCGUUCUAAAUCCACCGAACCCCUAGGCGACCAAAAAUCUCGCAAAAAGAUGUCCAAAUCCCAGGAAGAGGAGAUGCGUCGUCAGCGCGAGUCUUAUGCCCCCAAAGUCCCUCCCCGCCUGCCUGAUCUUUCCCCCGCCCCGCAACUGGAAACCUUUGGAGGUGAGGAACGUGAUAAGUUCGCCGACCCAAUCCCAAUCCGCCCACAGUCUGGACUUCCUGCAUCGCCCUCGAUGGGGUCCGUCAACAACGUCGAUCCCUAUGCGCGCACUGAGAGCAUGACCCACCGUGGCCGAUAUAGCUAUGCUAGUAGUGCUGUCAGCACCGUGAACAGCCCCCGCCGUGUGCGCCGUCGCAAGGACCCCACCUCUUACAAUGUGCUUGUCAUUGGUGCUCGUAACUCGGGAAAGACCUCAUUCCUGAACUUCCUCCGCAGUGCUCUGACCAUGCCCGCGCAUAAGCACCCUUCGCGCACCCCCGAGGAGGUUGAAGAGCUCGAGCGUCAAACCUCGGCUUGGGAAGGAUUCACAUCGCAAUACCUGGAAACGGAGUUCGACGGAGAACGUGUCGGACUUACCCUGUGGGACUCUGUAGGUCUGGAGCGCAACAUCGCAGAUCUUCAGCUGCGUGGCGUGACAGGCUUCCUGGAAAGCAAGUUUGAGGAGACCCUCGCCGAGGAGAUGAAGGUUAUUCGCUCUCCCGGUGCCCGCGAUACCCACAUCCACUGCACUUUCCUACUCCUGGAUCCUAUGCGCCUUGAUGAGAACAUCGCCAUGGCUGAGCGUGCUGCCAAUGGCACGUCCAAGCCCACUGAUGCGCCUGUGGUUGGGAUUCUGGACCAGAAUUUGGACAUCCAGGUCUUGCGCACGGUGCUGGGCAAGACCACUGUCGUGCCAGUUAUCAGCAAGGCGGAUACGAUCACCUCCGCCCACAUGAGCUACCUCCGUAAGGCGGUCUGGAGCAGCCUGAAGCAAGCCAAUAUCGACCCCCUUGAGAUCUUGACAUUGGAGGACCAGGAGGAAGAAUACUCGUCGGAAAGUGCGGACGAAGAGGAAAUCUUGGAGCUCGAGACCAAACCCGAGUCGACUGAGACUGGAGAUGCCAAGGAAGCCAACGAAGCCAAAGAAUCUGAGAACGCAACCGAUAAUGUCCCCGGCUCGCCAUCGCAGCUCAGCCAGGGCACUCGCAGAUCCAACGCAUCGCAGGCCGCCAACCAGCACGUUCCAUUCUCGAUUCUGUCUCCGGACCCUCACUCGCUGGCAGCUGGAGACAAACCCGUUGGUCGCCGAUUCCCCUGGGGUUUUGCAGAUCCCUAUGACGCCGAGCACUGUGACUUUGUUCGUCUGAAGGACUCCGUCUUUUCCGAUUGGCGUUCCGAGCUGCGGGAGGCCAGCCGUGUGGUUUGGUAUGAGCGCUGGAGAACCAACCGCCUCAACCGCAACGGACAGCCAACAUCCGCCUCGCCCGCCCAGAAGCAAAACUACGGUGGCCGUCAGGGACCUCAUGAUGGCCGUCGCACGCGAUAA